AUGUCCUCAAACCCACACAUUCACUUAGUUCUCUUCUCUGGUAAUAUAUAUUCUCUUCUUCUUCCUUUCUCUCUUGUUCUAUUCUUUGUUUUCUCUCUCUCUCUCGCUCUCUCUCUCUCUCUCUCUCUCUGUCCUCUCAAUCUUUCUCCCUCUUUCUCUCUAUUUCUCUUUCUCUGUAUUCUAUUCUCUUCAUUUUCCUCUUUCUUUUUUAAUCUUCUUCAUCUUCUCCUUUUGUCUUACAUUAUUUGUUUUGUUUCGCAUCUUUCAUUUUUUUUUUCUUCUUCAUUUUCUUUCUCAUCCGUUCGGUUCAUUAUUUCUAUCGAUGUUGAAGUGAUCCUUCCUUCCUUCAUAACACCCCCACCCUCGACAACCUAUUCUAUACCAAUACUCUUCUAUUCCCACCACCUCGAAUUUCCGACGUUGUCGUCAUCCAUUUGUUAUUAUUUGCCGUUUCCUUAUUUAUUCGGAUUGGCGCGGGAUUAUUUUACCUUACUUUUUUUUUCUUUACUCUUUUUACUAUCGAUUUCACUUUCAUUUUCGGAUGUUCGUCGCCACUACCCUUACUGUUUCUCCACCACCCCACACACGUGCACCUACCCAGCUAUUCCUAUCUUCAUACUCCCAAAAGCCUUUUCCUUCCUUUUAGGCUCGGCUUACACUAACCUCACAGUCUGCGAUUGUGCACAUUUCCCGCCAAAUCCCCGGCUCCCAUCUCCUCUCCAUUCUCAAUACAACCCCCUUAUUUUCAAGCAAACACCUAUCCCAACCUUUCCUUUUCCAGAAUCCCAAUCUCUUUCUCUCUCUCUUUCUCUCUCUCUCUCUCAUUUUAGCUCCCAAUUUCAUUUACAUUAUUCUUUUAUCACUCUAUAUUUUCCACAUUCUUCUUUGAAUACGUUUUCAAAUCUUUUUUCUUUUUCUCUUUCUCGAUUUAUAAACUUAUUUCUUAGUUUCUCUGACGUCUCUCUACUGAAAUCUAUAUUUAUAAUAUCCUUCCCUUUAUUGCCACCACCCCUCAUAUUUCUUCAAUGCUACCCCUAA